GAAGUGUCUGAUUACUUUGUCGCGAGUGAACAGACAGUGAUUUGGAAAGCACUGCCAGAUUUCACAAUUACCUAUAAAGAGAUGCUGAAGCAUAAUUUCUUAAAAACAUCAUGGUGUAAGUUGCGCACGCGAUAUAUACACAAGAAUGUUUCUCUCUCAGAGGCAUCUAAAAGUAAAGAGUGUGCAACUGCAAAGAUACGUAAUAUCGGCAUACUGGCACAUAUUGAUGCUGGAAAAACGACCACAACUGAAAGGAUGUUAUACUAUUCGGGUCUCAUCAGAAAUAUGGGAGAAGUUCAUCAUGGCAACACAGUGACCGAUUAUAUGGAGCAGGAACGUCAGCGUGGAAUAACAAUCACCUCAGCUGCAGUCACGUUCAAUUGGAAAAACUAUCGUUUCAAUUUAAUAGACACCCCUGGUCAUAUUGACUUUACUAUGGAAGUCGAGCAGACUUUGCAGAUAUUAGAUGGUGCAAUUGUAGUUCUAGAUGGAUCUGCUGGUGUGGAAGCCCAGACAUUAACAGUUUCCAGACAAGCAGACAGGUAUAAUAUACCUCGGAUAAUCUAUGUUAACAAAAUGGACAGGGCAGAUGCUGAUUUUAAUAUGAGUUUACAGUCUAUUGAAUCCAAAUUAAAUGUAGAAACACUACCUGUUCAGAUCCCUGUAGAGAAGGCAGGAGUCUUAGAAGGUAUUAUAGAUAUAAUAACUAUGGAAAAAUUAAUAUUCGAUAAGAAAAAUCAAGGUAUGCAUUUAAUAAAAACAAAAAUAGCUGAAAGCGAAGACGCAAGAUUAUGGAAUGUUGCCAGUGAACAGCGACGACUAUUGACCGAUAAACUGUCAGGCUUAGAUGACAAACUGGCAGACAUUAUUAUAGAGCAAGAGUCUCUGGAUAACGUACAGCCACAAAUGUUGGUCGAUUCCUUACGUAGAGUCACUAUAGGUAGGAAAGGUGUGCCUGUAAUGUUAGGAAGUUCCUAUAAAAACAUUGGAGUACAGCCUUUAAUGGACAGCAUCAUUCUCUACCUACCGUCGCCUACGAAUGUAGAUCAAUUGAAUCCAUAUCGGUGCUUUGAGAAUAAUUUAGCAGCCAGAGUUUUCAAGAUUGUUCAUGACAAGCAAAGGGGACCAAUCACUUUUUUCAGGAUCUAUUCUGGCAAUAUGAAAAAGAGUCAAAAACUGUAUAAUGUAACGCGUGGGCAAACCGAACAGUGUACUCGUCUAUACAUUGCUUGCGCCGACGAUUAUGAGGAGGUAACCGAAGUGAGUUACGGUAAUAUCGCGGCUGUAAGUGGACUAAAGAGUACUAUCACGGGCGAUCUAAUAACGACAAGUCAAUCCAUAGCCAAUCAUGCUAAACAGAUUAUGCUCAAGAAGGACCCGAAGCAACUAGACUACGUGAAGAACUUCUUUGCAUCUGGAGUAAACUUGCUCGAUCCAGUUUUCUUCUGUUCUAUAGAACCACCCUCCCUUUCGGCACAAUCUGCCCUGGAGACUGCUCUUCAGGAACUGCAGAGAGAGGAUCCUAGUUUGCACGUGAAGAACGAUCCAGAGACAGAACAGAUUGUUCUCGGAGGGAUGGGAGAGUUGCACAUAGAUAUCAUUAAGCAAAGAAUCAGGACAGAGUAUAAGAUUGAUGUGGAUCUGGGUUCCUUGCAAAUCGCUUAUAAGGAAACGAUUCAAGAUGCCGUUAAAGAUACGCUAUCUAUGGAGCACAAGAUGGGCCAUACGACGCAUAAAGUUACUAUCAUUAUGUCUUUAAUACCUAAUUAUGAGGGAAAAGAAAAAUUGCUUCUUGACAAGUCUCCAGAUAAUGCUUCAAAUAUCGAUAGUAUUCAUCCACGGGCAAUGAGCGCGAUUAAAAACGGUGUGAACGCUGCAUUGCUACAUGGUGUGAAAUUAAGUUGUCCGGUGAUUAAUGUUGGCGUCAAGCUCCACUGGCUAGAAGUAGCACGCGGUACCUCAGAUACCAUUAUUUCUGCCGCUACCUCACAAUGCAUUCGAAAGUUAUUACAAGAUGGAAAUAGCAUGUUAUUAGAACCCAUAAUGCAACUGGAGAUCGUUGCACCAGAGGAAUAUUCAUCGAGUAUUAAUUCUGAUCUUACUCGUAGACGAGCAGUAAUACAACAAAUUGAUAUGCGUGGCAAUAAUAAAGUGAUCAGAACUCUUGCGCCAUUAUCGGAAUUAUUGGGAUAUUCAACAACAUUGAGAAUCAUCACAUCGGGCAAUGCAACAUUUUCAUUAGAAUUUAAUCACUAUCAACUAAUGGCCUCUAUCGACGAAGAACAAGCUAUCGAAAAAAUUAAAGGAUUUUAAAAUGAAUACUACUUCUAUUAAUAGUAGAAGCAAUAAACAAAGAGAUAAUAUUACUGAAAGUACAAUUUCACUUCAUUUUAUUGACUCAAUCUAAUCAAAAUAUAUUGCAACAUUAUCAUUGGUGCGUUACAAUCUCCAUAUACAAUUCUCAAUAGCGACUACUAAAUAUGAUACAGAAAGCUUUUUAUAAUAAGCCGGAGCAGAAAAAUCGCUAGCUAUCAGAAAAUCAUCAUUACAGCUUUCAUUCAUGCAUCAUAACUAGUAGUCGCGCAUAAAUAUAUUAAUAUUGCUUAAGAUCAUGCAAAAAUGUCAUACGUCGUAAAAUAUAUGUAUAUAUUAUAUUGUAUGGAGGGAUUAAAUGUUAUAAUGUCGCGUGAGACUGGAAAAACGACAGCCGCGUAUAAAAAUUUAUGCCAACGCAGAUAACACGAAAGCGAGAUUUUCUUUUUAACGUAAAAAAUAUUUUUAGCGAAAAAAUAUUGGAGAAAAAAUUUAGGAAUUCCCGCAUUCGUGUAAUUUUUAUUCAUCCGCCCUAUAAUAUUAAAUAUACAUUUAAAUUAUGCAAACUGUUGAUCUAUCUUAAGCGCAAUUCAAAGAGCUCUUAAGACUCUUAAUGUACUUAAAAGUUUGAGCUAAAAUCUUGUUUUGUCUUAUAUUUUAAAUUAUUUUCACAAUAGAAUUAUAGUAUAAAAUUUCACUUGUCUCAUUGAAUCGCUUACAAAACGACAAAUCUUACAUUCAUUAUUUCUAAUUCGUUAUUUUAAAUAUACUUAUAUCACUUGUAUGCAGACAUUAUUGCUCAUAUCUGCGACAAUUUUCUUUAAGGCGCAAAUAACUAUCGUUUUUUCUCUUCAAAUAUAUUUUUCUUGCACCUACAAUUUAUAUUUACAACAAAAAAAGAUUAUUUCAUUAUACAAAGUGACAAUUUAAAAUUUCAAUUGACAAGAUUCACCUAUCAAGAGGGAAAUAUUUCAUGUAUACAAAGUUACAAUUAAAAAUGUCAUAUAUACAAAGUUACAAUUAAAAAUUUCAGAUUGACAAAAUUCAUCUACGAAUAGGAAAGUACUGAGAAUCAAAUAUCUAUUCGCAGACUAUUAAAAUCUGAAUACACAAAUUUUUUCUAUGUAUGUGCUCGCAGUGCACGUAGAAAUUUUGAAAGAAAGAUACAGUUGAAAAGAAAAAGCGUUAGCUAUU